AUGGAAGCCCAAGCUCAGCUGGAUGGCGAACCGCCCUCUGGAAACGAUCAGGACGUGUACGAGGGUGGAAUCACCUUUUCUCCUCCUGAGGAGCUUCCAGAGCGUGAAGAUGCUCGAGCAGGACCUGUGGGAGGCCAAGCAAGGAUCUAUGAUGUCGCCAAUCCUGGAGACCGCUCCAAGAACCCCUACGGCAACUCAGCAGCAUGUGAGUACUCCUACGAGGCAGACAAUGUUGCCUUGGAAACUGAGAACCAUCAGCUUCGGGAGUUGCUCGAGGCAGUGAUUGGGCAAGUUUCGCGCGAGACCGGAAGUCAAGGAGCAGGACAUCCACCUGGACCAGAGGGCCAAGGAGUUCCUUCUGGAUCUGGCUACGGUGGAGCGACGACAGCUCCGGCACGAUCUUCAGGACCAGCUCCCGCGACGGGAGCCAGCGGCACUGGAUCCCAAGCUUUGGAUCCAAUGGAAGUGCUCAUGAAGAGCAUGACGCAGCUCCAGCAGGCUUACCUUGGUCGGCCUGAGGGAGAUGUGAAGAGUUCUGUGGACCUACCCAUGAUGCCGGCGGUGGGCCAGGACUCGGCGGUGGAGUUUGCGGACUGGGUUUAUGAGGCGGAGCAGAUUAUAGGGAGUCUUUCGGACAAAGCCUCCUUGUGGUUUUCUGCGUGUUUGGAGGUGGCAAGGACGACUUACGACCAGUAUAAUGCCGCUUCCCCACUUCAGAGACUCAGUUUGAUGCCGGUGAUACCAGAGGAGCUCCGAGAUCCUCGUUGGUCUCGGUUGGAGCGAAAGGUGAUGACGCUCCUCUUGGGUGCGCUACAGAAGACGGCGAAGGAAGAGGUGAUCACGCACAGGAUUUCGACGGUGGCUGAGCUCCUCUUCCGGAUGUACGUGUUGUACCAGCCAGGCGGGACAGCAGAGAGGAGCACGAUCUUAAAGCACUUGGAAGGACAGACCGGGACCGAGGACGUGCAUGCAUGUAUUGCUCAGCUGAGGAGAUGGAGAAGAUAUCUUCAGAGAGCCGAGGACAUUGGCAUUGCUAUCCCGGACGCUUCAGUACUACUGAAGGGCGUUGAAAGGCUGACCACCAAGGUGCUCGAUGCCAAUGCUGAUGUGAAGUUCAGGGUGGCAUUGACUAAAAAUGAGCUGCAGCUGCACAGCCGCCCGGACCAUAAUGGAGUGCUCCGCUACCACAAUGCAAUCCUUGCGGAACUUCAGACUAUGGCUCCAACGAGAACAUCCCCUACGGCACCCUCAGGUGGGACGGAGGCUGCCAAGCUGAAAAACAUCAAUGCGGCCGGGGAUGCAGCUGGAGGUCUUUCUCCGCCGUCGCCCCAGCCAAAGACGAGGGCCACGACUCCUAGCCGGUUCUUCUUGACGGAUGCCGGGUGUACCCGGGGCUCAUCAUGUACUUUCUCCCACAACUUCAACAAGAAGGAGAAGGCUGGAAGAUGCUGGCUCACAGAAGGGACCAGCGGUGGCACAACUUGCGGCUUCAACGGUGACUCCUACGCCGACCUCAUCUUCUACUACCCAACCCUCGGGAGCAACUUCGUCGCCUCCGGUGUUGAGAAUGCCACGGUGGCUCACAAAUGCCACCCCCAGACUGGAAGGACAGGUCUGUUGGACUCGGGGGCUUCACAUGCGUUCCGAACUGGGACCGACGAGGAGCUGCGCCAGGCUGACCGGGUCACGGUGCAAUUGGCAACGGGCUCUGAAGUGACACUGGCUCAAAACAAGGGCGGUACCCUACUGUCGGUUCCGGCAAAGGGAAACGAGGAUGUCUCCCCGAUAGUUCCGCUUGGGUCUCUUGUGCAAGAUCUCGGGUGUGACCUUCAGUGGACGAGACGGAGAGGCCUUGAAAUACGACAUCCUCAGUUUGGGUUGAUCCGACCGCAGGUGGUGGGAAGCUGCCCUUUGAUCGGAGAGGCUUGUGCUUUGGUCUUGAUACGCGAGCUUGAAGAGCACAAAGUCAGGAACCUCAGGGAGUCCGUUCGUAACACCCAGAAGAGCUUGUGGAUGUGGAACCAGGAGAAACCCUGGGCUAGGCAUUUGGAGGAGUUCCUUGGGAGCGGGCGCAGGGCAGAUCAGCUCAGCGCAUUGUCGUCGGAGGACUCCCCUUUUGCGAGUCUGACUGAGGCUGAAAGGAGCGCGUUGGCGGAGCAAGUCGAGCUCACGGACAAAGCGGGUUGGAACUACCUCAAGGCGAUCCCAUGUUCCAGGCAAAGGCGAAAGCGAAUGAUGACGAUGCCGUGGAUUCUACAUUUGUACGCUGGAGACGGACGAGGAGCGGAUCCAGUGUUCAAGGUCCUUGAGGAUUCCCGGGUUGUUGUUGAGGUCGACAUUGCAAAGUCCUUGGCCUACGACUUGUUCAAGGUUUCCGGAGUGUACCGAUGUUUGCUUUGGGCGGCAGCUACGGGAAGAUUGGAUGGUAUCCUUGGAGCACCGCCCGCAAGGACCGAGGCCGAUGCGCAGUUGUUGUUGAAGCAGCUAUGGUUGUUCACCGUCGCCAAGGCUGCUAGGGCAUCUUCGUCUGGAGCCCCAGUGUUCAUGGUGCUGGAAGGUAGCAGAGUUCAGAAGGUGAUCAAGGCUACUGAGUUUUCGAGAUGGCCUACGGUGAGGGCGUCUUGGGGCACGGUGUUGGACCAGUUGUGCUUGGAAGAGAUCGAUUCGAACUUGGUGACGAAUAUGGUCAUACCGGAGCCGUAUCCGGAUACUGGGGAUUCUUCUACAAAGUGGACUAAGGAGUUCAAGGAGGUGCUUGUGAAGGCCAUGGAGCUCUGGUGGAAGGCCCCCGAAGGCCUACAAGUUGCGCGAUGGAUGAAACGGCUAGAUGCAGACCCUAAGAAGUUCUUAGAGGGACUUUCGAAUGAGGAGCUGCAGCGAUGGAAAACCCACGUCGUCAACAACCACCAGCCCUACGACCGAAGGUGCAAGACUUGCGUAACGGCUAAAGGCACGGGUCGUCUUCACAAGCGCAUUCGGCAUCCUGAUGUUCAUUGUCUGAGUUUGGAUGUAGUGGGUCCGUUCAGAACCAAGUCGGUCGACCCCAACCACAACGACUAUCGGUACUUCUUGGUUGGAGCAUAUACCAUGCCUGAACCGGAGGAAGACUUCAAAGCAGAUGGUCCUCCAGAUGAACCGUGUGAAGGCCCCAAACCAGAUGGUCCUCCAGAUGAACCGGGUGAAGACCCCAAACCAGAUGGUCCUCCAGAUGAGCCGCGUGAAGACCCCAAACCAGAUGGUCCUUCAGAUGAUGAUGGUGGUGGUGUCGGCCCAGUAGAUUGCGGAGAUGAUGGUGAUCCCGAUCUCAAGGGUUUAACGGAGGAAGAGUUUGCGAAGAUCUUCUCUGAGGAGGAGAACGUCUGCGCAAGUCUUGGCUACGGUGCAGAGCAUGGAGUUUAUGCAGCAGCAGCUCAGCGUGCUCGAGUGCUUGGAGUUGAUGCUCCACCGUUACCGUACGGAGCCAAGAUUCAUUUGCGUUCCAAGACCUACGGGAAGAACCAAGACCCAGGGAGCUGGGACUUGAGAUGGAGGUCGGGUUUCUACAUGGGACCGUCGUUGGAUGUUCAAGGGGGACAUGUGGUACGUUUUGAAGACGGGACCUACACGACGACCAAGCAUGUGAGACCUGGUCUCAUCGACUCUGAUCGCAUUGUGGACCUUGGAAUGUACGAAGCGGUGAUCCCUGUCCCGGCUCGGCGGUACAGGAGAAAAACAACCUUGGACGAGGAGCCAGUGGAUCCUGAGGAGGAGAUGGUUGGCCCCUACGAUCCAAAUCACCCCGCCGAGCACUAUGCCAUGGGUCUACUAGAUGAAGACGUCUUGGUUCCAGAUCAGCUUGAGACGCUGGUCCACUUGCUUCCAACCACUGCGCCAGUCCCUCGUCGUUUUGGGGAACAGAAUGAAGAGAAGAAGUUAUGGACAGCUGGUGCAUUUGUUCAUGGGGGAGUUCUGGGAGUCAAGAGAGCUACAACAACGUUUCCCAUGUCUACAAGAGUGUUCACGAAGUACAUUAAGCAAAUUGCCCCGGGCUUUGCUUUCAAUGCGGUUGCGGUGAAUGUGGACAUCCUGACCCAGGAGCACAAGGAUGUUCAUAAUGUGGGGAAGAGUAUGAUCACGGCUAUUUCUUCCUUUUCGGGCGGUGAAAUUGUGACGGAAGGCGACGAAGGUGAGGUGACCGUGCCGCUCACACAUGGUCCGACCUACUUCGAGCCCCACAAGAAGCACCGAACAAGCCCUUGGAAGGACGGCCAGAGAAUGGUGUUGGUAGGCUACUCCAUCAGGGACAGUGGGAGGCUAUCUGACGAACAUGUUGCCAUGUUACGACACUAUGGGUUUGAAUGGGAACCUCACUUUCGGGCAGUUGAACCUGCGGCAGGGGCGUCUUUGAAGGCCAUCAAGGUGCGAGAGAUUUCCCCAGAAGUUCAGCAUGGCCCUGAGGAAGUGAUGGAUCCCAUUACGCCUACGCUGAGGAGGAGAACUUUGGAGCAGCCUAGAGUUCAGUACUCACCAGGAGCAAGCAGUCAGGCACCAUCUACUCCCAACGUUUUGGAUGAAGAUGUCAGUGAACGUGCGAGGGUGUCUCGCGAUCUUUUGGCCCUCCUUACCGUCGAGGAGCUGAAGGUAGGUUUGCGCUACGGGGCGCAGAAGCACACCUCCGAGUGGUGCGCCUGGGCCACUGUUUCCCGACAGUGGUGCAAAGUGCUGAAGUGCCUCGAUAUAGCGCCGCUGGCCUGGAGGGGGAUUCAGGCCUUGAACCAUUUCAAGUUCUCUGUCGUGCGCAAGCCUGGAUGUGGGAGAAAGCGACGUUUGCUUCAGGGAAUUUCGAUUUGGGGUCCGGGAAGGUCUCCUCCGCGCCCGAAUGGUUUGAAGAUGUGUCUGCGCGAGCUGAGCACUUUCUUGGCAUUUGAAGCUCACUGGAUUGGAAGGCGACGGCGUCGAUGGGGACGCUCGAGUCGCUGGAAGAUGCAGGCUGGUGGUUGGUAUCGAGUUCGAUUUCUUCUUCGAUGGCGUGCACUUCGCCGACACCGCCCCGCAGGUGAUGGGGGUGCGCAGGUUCCAACAUUGCCCCCGGAUGGUGAUUCUUGCAGAGGCGGCACUCCGCUCGGACGUGGCAAGCUUCUUGAAAUUGAUCGCAUGGCUGGUGGUGGUGAUGCCUUCCUUGAUGGCCUUAUGCACUUUUGCGCUACGUUUCGUGCGCAACAUGACGGUGAUCGUGAGCUGACAAGGCAAGUCAAAGCAGUCGAGCAGAUCGUUGCACGGGCUCAAAAGCAGCCUGGUUAUGACUUCCUGGAUGGGUUGCAGGCCUUUAUCGAGAAGGAGCGCAAGAACAAGGCUGGACAGCGUGGCGAGCCAAUGUCUCGGGCACAGGUGCGCACAGUCCAAAUGUUGUCAGAUGCUGAGGAACGCCCCCGCCAGCGCCAGUGGCCCAAUAGCGGACACGAUAAUGGCUGGACAAAAAACCGUGGAGCAAACUGGUGGCCCCGUCAAGGAGCUGGACGACCAGAUGUGUCUGAAGGUUCAUGGACAUCGUUGACGUGGAAACCUCGUGUUGGAGAUUGGGAGUCAGCACAGUCCACCAACAUCCAUGUCAUUGAAGGUUCAGUUGCUUUUGCCAAGGCCUUAGAUGACCACAAGGACGAGCCUUUCCUUGUCAUUGCAACUGAUGCCGAGGACUUUGAUGUGUGUGUUGGCAUGGCUGAGGGUGAGCGUAAUGCCAUGGCAACGAUUCUCCUGCCAUGUGCAGCACACUGGCCUGAGGAACGAAGUAAGCCUGCAACCGUGAGAGUUCCUGGCAUGUUAAACAGGGCGCUGCAAAUGCGCCUCUGCUUCUGUAAGUCCUUCUGUGAAGGGGCCCCACAGCUGAGCACUAAGAAAGUCAUCAAGCCUGCUAAGGUCCAGGCUUUCAAGCCUGAUGCUACCCGCCGUGAUGGCUUCGUUUUGCGAUUCAUUUGUCCAUGGGUCUAUCAGCAGUCUGGGGAUCAAGAUUGGAAGCGCAUGAUUGCCAAUCCCGGGGCUGCUGCUCGCACCUGGGCUUCUCAGUUGAGUAACCUGGGCACUUGUUUGGGGGAUUCCUUUCGGUUUGAGAUUAGAGAUGAAAACUCGCGUCAUGCCCAGCUUCGCGGCCUGCUCCGCGUUCACACAGCUGAAGCGGCACUUAAGUUGCUCCAGCUGAGUGGCUCGUUGGAUGACAAGGGAAGGCGAUGGUUUACUGAGCCAGUGCAUGGAGAUUUAGGCGAUAAGGUACCUGCGGCCGUCUUGUGGAUUGACUGGCAAGACGGGGAAAGGUGGCAAGCUUACGCUUCUAGGGUUGCCCGUCUUGGUGACACAGGGCUCGUGCUUGGACGUAUGCAGCUAGGUACGCGGGUGCACGCCAAUGAUCGGCGCCUGAAGGACCGACCAUCCACUUGGCGAGUCACAAACACUCCUCACAUGUGGACGGGGGAUAUGGUUUGUGACGUUCUGCAAACCUUGGGAUUCCGUGACGUCGAAGUUCUGCAAAAGUUGCAUCGUGGAGCAACGGCGCAUUGGGUCAUCAAAGGCAUUCCUCCUUCUUUGACGGAGCUAUAUCAGCCCACUGUGGCGGAUGGGGCAGGUAAAGAACAUGAAUUGGUGGUUAUCAAAGAAGCCCGACGUCGACGCCAGGACAACAAUGGUCAUGGCUUGCGAUCGGAACAUGCCGUGUCAUACACUCCUGUGGUUAAGCCACUGCGCAAGGACAAGCGCGGAUCACAGGUGAGACAGGCCGACGGACAAGGUGAUGCACCGAUGACGGGUCAAGAUGGCGCCAAUGCCGCGGAAGCUGCCAAGAAAGCCAAAACACAGAGCGCACCCCCACAGUCCAAAGUCAAAUCACCAUGGCUACCUGAAGGAGCCCAGCGCGUUCAAAACACGGGCAAAGGAGAUUGCUUAUUCCUGGCCAUUGCCGAUGCAUUGAAAGUUCUUGAUCCGAGCAAGAAUGCGAGUGGCCGGUCACUCAGGGCAUUUAUUGUCGCUUGGUACACGCGCCAUUUGGAGGAAUACCAAAGCCUCUGGGACGGCCUCAAAGCCGGCGUUGUAUCGCGUGAGGCCAACGGGAACUGGAAUGGCAGUUUCGAGGAUUAUAUCGCGGAUAUCAAAAUGGCUGGCGUUUGGGGCUGCUACUUGGAGUUAGUCACUUUGUUUGAGCAUGGCGGUACAGAGAAGGCCAUUUGUCUGUAUUUCGAUCGCGAGGUGCAGCAUUAUGAGUACUUGGCCGGUGACAUCCAGGAUCAACUUGCUUUCUGGGCCACGGCCCAUGCUGGCGGUCGGGAUGCAUCUCGAGAUUCUGGUGGAGGGAGAGGUAUGAAGUCCACGCGAACUGAAGGCCCUCUCAAGCUCGAAGAUUUUGCAUCGCAAGCCUCCGGAUCUACAGUGACCAGACGCGGCCCGCGACUUGUUGAAUUUGCAUCGCAUGCUGGGUCAUCUGCCAUCCGUUCAGGAUCAAAAGCCUUCAUUCAGGAGGAUCUCCAGAAGUAUUAUGACACGAUCCAUUUCCCCUUGGCGGCGCUUGUGCUGGAAAGACUGGGCAUGCCUGUGCAGGUGGUCGCUCUCCUCAAGAGCUUCUAUUCGCGCCAGUUUCGGCUCCUCUCCUUUCGAGGGCAGUGUUCAUCACAGUGGAUAUUGGCCACGCGAGGACUGGUACAAGGCUGCCCGAUGUCUCCCGUGAUUGCCGCUGCGAUCAUGCACAUUUGGCAGCUCACGGUCUCGUCCGCGCGAGUUUCCUCGUUGGCUUACCAAGAUGACCGAACCCUUAUCCUGAAACCUGACGUUUCGCAAAUGCGGGGUACUGUUAUGGACUUGCAGCCCCUUGCGGAUGCCUGUCAGCGGUCCAGGGCUUUUGAUGCGGCCUUUGAAUUUAGCUGUGACUCGACUAAAUCGGCUGUGAUCGGGGACGAUCGAUGUCAGGGUCUUGCUGAUAACUUGGGGUAUCCCAGAGAGGAGAAUCUGUCUCUGCUUGGGGUUUGUCAUCCUUUGAAUCCUCGUGCACCGCGGCGGCUUCUACACUUCACGGUUGACAAACUCAAGGCUCGGAUGAAAUUCAUCCCUGCCGCAGUGGUGCAUCCGCGUUUGGUGAUCCUCCACCUGCGAUCGCUGCCAUCUGCUGACGAGCUGGCUAGCGUAACUAGUGGUGUGAAGGCUUCCUUUGGCAAAAAUCUCACAUUCGAGGCUCCGCCGUGCUUAGUCCAUGAAGAAUGUGGUUGGUUGACCGAGCCGAGCUUCUGUGCUGAUUGGGCUCUGCUCCAACAGGCGCAUCGUCUUCAUUGCAGCCCUCCACCGUGGUUGGAGCUCCUGCCGCUGUCUGAGGCAUGCGCCCCCUGGUUCCGUGUUCUGCCGCUGGCUACCAAGGUUCUGCAACGCCUGGGUUGGACUGUCUCGGGGAAUGGUGGUGUCAUUUAUCGCAGGGAUAAUGCCCUCAGAAUGCGAGAAUACCGCAUGGGCUUCGAUAGCCUGCAGGUCUUGAAGGAAUGGCUCCUCUUGCAUUAUCGUCGCAGAUAUCUUUCGCGCUGUGGUCGGGUCGUUAAGUCUUUGCACCGUCAAGGGCCGAACCUAGCUCAGGGGGCUGAUCUGCCUGCGCCUGCAGCUGGUGCCUUUAUUCGAGCGGCUGGUCAUGUUGCAACUUGGUCCAAAAACCCACCCGUACCCCUCAAGCGGGCGGCCUUGGCUACCGGUGGAUCGGUCUGGCACUUCGGCCCGCGCUUCGGGCCUUGGGCAGCUCAGCAGCCUCCGCAAUGUUUGUGCGGUCUGAACAAACCCAGUCGAGUGCACUUGACCUUUCAUUGUCCAGUUACGCGUGAUUUGAGGGAUGGUAUGCUUGCUCCGGCUACUAGAAUCCAGGAGCGCUUGUUCGCGAUGGAGGGCGAAGAGAUCCCACCUGCUCCUGCCACGCCUGACAUGUCCGCACUUGUUGCUGAGUGGUGUACGGCGCUCCCUGUUCUUACAGGAUCGAUAGUAGCUGCCACUGAUGGUGGUGCCAAGGACUUGGUUGCUGCCUCGGGGAUCUUCCUGCCCCAGCUCAGUUUCAUAAAAGCAUGUGCUGUCCCUGGCGAAGACCAGUCCAAUUAUAAAGCUGAGAUCUUUGCGCUGUGGCUCCUCUUGAGUCUGCUUGUGUCUGCCCGACGUCGCCGAUUAGUGGCUAUACAUGUUCUUGUUGAUUGCGAGGCCGCCAUCCUUGCUGUGGAGGGCCAGGGCAAUGAGCUUCCGUGUCUCAUUCGCUGCAUUCGUUCCCUCCGCAGAUGUUUGCAACAGGAUGGUACUGACGUUCACUUGCAUUGGGUUCCGAGCCAUGGUAAGCGACCCCGUCGAUGGCGUCCAUGGUCUGAUCUUGCUCCAGCGAUCCAGCAGCAGUAUAACGACACCAUCGAUGCUGCGGUCACCGAGUGUCUUGCUCAACGUCUUCAAGGUUCCUUGAGGUCAUCUUUUCUGAGGCGCGCUGAGGCUGCUCAGCGUUGGGAGGAACGUGUCAUUGCUGUGUCCGCUGCGGCUGGACUGCGAUUUGCGGACUCGGUCUCCGCGUAG